AUGAUUAAAAUUCAAGACUGUUUAAAGGCCCUGCGAUUAUUUAAGAGUGACCCCUCAUUAUGCCUGUCUUCAACACUAAAGAAUGAGAUAAAUUCCGCCUUCAAGAAUGCAAAAACAUCACAGUUUGAUGUUAUAAAAUCAAUUACCCUUGAUAUACACCAAACUGUAUCGCGAACCAAACAUAUAGAUUAUGAAAUCGCCAAAUUAAAGGGCACUACUCACGCACAAAUAAAGAAUCUAAAUUAUGGAAUCAUCGGAUUGUCAUUAAUGCUUUUCUUUGGAUCUGUCACUCUGUCAAUCCAUCCAAUCUUUAUUGGAGGCGUUGCCAUUGGCGCAGCAUUUUACUCUAAAAUAGCAAGGCAGUCCACUAGUCAACACAAUAUAACUAUCAAAUUGGAAUCGCUUAUCACGGAAAAUAAGUUAUUAACUUACAAAUUGGCUAAUCAAAUAAACCAAUUGGAAUUGGAACUAAUCAAACUAAGCGAUGAGGAAAUUGAGAAGCGUGUGAAUUAA